UGAUGCACAUCUGCUGCACAGACCUCUCAUAGACUUUGGAUUGUCUCUGGUCCUGCACUCAUGAUGCUUGCUGGCUUCCUCUUUCUGCUCUUCAUCACAGUAGAUGGGGAGUCCUCUGAGGGUAACUGCAGUUAUCAGGAUGUCUUAAACCACCUGAACUUCACUAAAAACAAAGAGCUGUUCUCAAUGAUCCGGCCUGUUAAACACUACAAGACGCCUACGAAUGUAACCCUGGAUGUACUUCUCUAUGCCAUUCUAGAUGUGAACGAGAAGGACCAGCAACUGGUUCCUUACAUUUGGCUUGAUAUGUGGUGGAAUAAUGAAUUCAUUUCCUGGGAUCCAGCUAAAUUCUGUGGUAUUCAAAAUUUUUCUCUUCCUUCUGACUUGUUGUGGAAACCAGAUAUAACUAUUGUAGAAAUGACAGAGAAGGAUAAAGCUCCACCGAGUCCUUAUCUCGUUGUUACAAGCGACGGUGUUAUCGAAAUUACGAACGACCAGGUGCUGGUCAGCACCUGCAGGAUGCACGUAUACAAAUUCCCCUUCGACAUCCAGAGCUGCAACCUCUCCUUCAAGUCUGUCGUACACUCUGUUGAGGAAAUAGAGCUUGAACAAUAUCUCAACUCUUCAAAGAUAACAGAGGGGUCUAACGAGUUGAUGCGGACCCAGUACGAGUGGCUGUUCAUCAACAUGAAAGUCAAAAGCCUGACUGACAACUAUUUUGGCUUCUACCAAAGCACGAUUAUUUACACUGUCACCAUGAAGAGAAGGUCUGCCCUCUACAUUAUCAACUUCAUGCUGCCCGUCCUGUUCUUCUUGUGUCUGGACUUGGCCUCCUUCCUGAUCUCAGACAGCGGGGGUGAGAAGCUCAGCUUCAAAGUCACUGUGCUGCUUGCCGUCACCGUACUGCAGCUUAUUCUGAAUGAAAUUCUUCCAACCUCAUCAAACAGAGUUCCACUUAUAGCGGUCUACUGCAUUGGGACUUUUGGUUUGAUGAUGCUGAGCCUCCUGGAGACGAUCGUGGUGAUGAAUCUGAGGGGAAGAGACUCUGCAUUAAAAAACAACGAGGCACAUAAAGACCAAAGCCUGAGUGAGGACUGUGGGGACAAACGAGACAGCUUCCAGAACUCUUUUAAAGACGUUAAUAAAUUGAUUCCUUGUGGAUAUCUCUGUGACAUGUCUAAUGGUGAACUUCCAUCUGAAGAGCUGCGGUUGGCCGAAAAGGGUAGCAGCAACCAACAGAUGGAGGAGUCACGUGACUUUGAAAAGCUCUCAGAUGAGCUGAGGGAGCUGGUGAAAACCCUGACUCUGCUCCUCAACAGCAGUAAGGAAGAAGAGAAACCCGGCUACUGGUACAAAAAGACUAAAACUAUCAACAAAGUCUUCUUCAUUUGCUAUGUCAUAGCUGCCACUCUGUUUUUAGUCCUGAUGUUUUUUAGCUGGAAUUCUGAAGAAGAAGAAUAAUAGUAGAGAAUAAAGAAUAAUGAACAAUGAUUUGAGUUCCCAGAAGUUGUAAACGCAAAGUCACAAGAUGCUGCAGGUAAUGACUUCACUGUUGUUAAUCUUUCCUGAAUCAUCAGCACUUUAUGUAUUCUGAUGACUUACAACAAGUUAGUUCAAUUUGUGCAGAAGCAAAGCUGUUGUGAUUGUGUCACUAACCACACACCUUACACUUACUCCCCCCUGUCCUCGAUACAUAAUCUGUACAAUCAGUUUCUGUUUCACAUCUUCUGCUGCUGCUUCAGUAAAGUUGACGAGUAAUGGUGUACUUGGCAUUUAACACACCUCUGACACUUGCAUGUUUCACAUAGUGGUUCACACAUGUAUUAUUCUAGUACACUAAUUGUACCACGAAGCGGUCGACUCAUGUCUCUGCUAUACAACAAGCAUAGUCUGUAUGUAUAAGAAAUCCACCAAUACAAACAAUUAAGCAUGCAGGUGUUUUUCUACAUAAAUAUAUAUUUACUAUGUAAUAAGGGCAAACCUUAUAAUCCACCUUAAAACAAAAUAAAAUAAAAAAAUGAAAUAUUAAUUAAAGUACAAACAAAUUCAUAUCUUACAUGUUCUGGCAGUUUUGUUUGGUUCCUGCAUGAAUCUUAUCUAUAUAUAUUAUAUGUUAACUGACAACCUUGAUUAAAAGCCACAGACGUCAUUCUACAACUGUAUUAAAGGUUGAGUACGGGGGCCGCUUUCUAUGAAAACUCACUGUAAUGCUGAAACACAUCUAUAAUAUUAUGAGGAUAUAAAAUGUGCUUUUCUUAUUAAUAUCUGUAUGUGCUGUUCUUUCACAUCUCUGCAUUAAUCUGGUUAAUAUGCUCUAAUGAGAUCUAUGAGACUCCGGCAUACA